ACGGAGGGUCUUCUGAAGUUAAGGAGAAUGCAAGUGUCUGGCGCUUACAAUGAAGACACUGUCAUUGACCAAGCAGCUAAGAGUAAAUGGAACAUGAGCAAAAUGUUACAUCAGUUGUGGAGACAAGACAAAGCUUGUAAUAGACAGUAGUGUGGUAACAAGACCGUUGGUUCUACCUAAAACCAUCAAGAAGACAAGGAAAAGCACGUCUUGGGUUGUAGUUUUGACGGACAAAGGACUAGUAAGAGAUCAUUUGAACAGCUUGCCAUGGAGUAUACUUCUUCUCCGAAGCCCCAGCUCUCAUCAAGGGCGAAUGCGUUUUCGAUAGCUGCCCUAAUGUCAAGUGGGAAAACAAAGGACAAGGAAACAGAAGAGAACACCAUCAAACCGCUGGAACAAUUUGUAGAGAAAUCGUCAUGCAACCAGAGUUUGGGUGACUUGCCUUCCCUGGAGACACACGGAGAGUUCAGCAGCGGCGCGCCUGCGGUGUGCACGGAACCUCUGAUCCCCACCACGCCCGGAGUACCCAGCGAGGAGAUGGCCAAAAUCUCCAGCAGUCUGGAAACCAAAGAGCUCUGGGACAAGUUUCACGAGCUUGGCACGGAAAUGAUCAUUACAAAAUCUGGAAGAAGAAUGUUUCCUACCAUCCGCGUGUCAUUUUCCGGGGUGGACCCCGACGCCAAAUACAUAGUACUAAUGGAUAUUGUUCCUGUGGACAACAAGAGAUAUCGUUAUGCUUACCACAGAUCCUCCUGGCUUGUAGCAGGGAAGGCAGACCCUCCUUUGCCUGCAAGACUGUAUGUCCACCCUGACUCGCCAUUUACUGGAGAACAAUUGCUGAAGCAAAUGGUUUCCUUCGAGAAAGUAAAGCUUACUAACAACGAAUUGGACCAGCAUGGACACAUAAUUCUCAACUCAAUGCACAAGUACCAGCCUCGAGUCCACAUAAUCAAGAAGAAAGACCACACGGCCUCGCUACUCAACCUGAAGUCCGAGGAGUUUCGCACUUUCGUCUUCACUGAAACAGUGUUCACCGCGGUUACAGCCUACCAGAACCAGCUCAUUACCAAACUGAAGAUCGACAGUAACCCCUUUGCUAAGGGCUUCAGAGACUCGUCCAGACUCACAGACAUUGAGAGAAACCUCUAUGAGGUCUGCAAGGAAUGCUGGAUCCAGCACAAUUUCACUGUGGAGUGGGUUGAAUCUGACUGGGAAAGUGUUGAGAAUCUAAUCCAUAAGCACUCAUAUGCGCGUUCCCCCAUUCGGACGUACUCGGGGGAGGAGGAGUCUCUGGGUGAGGAAGGCCACUCAACACAUAGCAGGGGCUCUGCAUUCACAGCUUCAGACAACCUCUCGCUGAGCUCCUGGGUCACCACUACCUCAGGGUUCUCAGGGUUCCAGCACCCCCAGUCUCUGUCAGCCAUUGGCAGCAGCAGUAGCACGCUGGCAAGCCCCUUGGCCCACCCCAUCCAGGGCUCUCUGCCCCCCUAUGGGCGGUUGGGUGUGCCACUGGCCCCCUCGGCCCUAGCAGGAUCCAUGCAGGGCACUGGCCCCACCUUCCCCUCUUUCCACAUGCCACGCUACCACCACUACUUCCAGCAGGGUCCCUAUGCCGCCAUCCAGGGCCUGCGACACUCCUCCACCGUCAUGACUCCCUUCGUAUGAUUCCAACACAAGAUGGCAAUGUAAUGAAAUCUACAGUGCUGUGAGCAUAUGCAGACACGCAACAAAUAUUCAUGCGAACACGCUGUUUCUUUCAGACACACACACACAAACACACACAUACACACACACACCACACACACACACACACACACACACACACACACACACACACACACACACACACACACACAGUCCCAGCCAUCUCUUUAUCUUCUUAUGUUUGAG